ACAAAAAAACUAUCUAGAUCCUCAGCAUUUCAAGGCCGACAUCGUGGAAGCAGUAAAAGAAAAACGUAAACAAAAUGGACCAUUUGACUUGGAUCCGAACAAUAUCCUCCCAAUUGUUCCUGACAAUAUCCGAAAUACAAUCAUGGAAAGUAUAUCUAAUAAGGCGUGGGCUAUGCUGGAGCAGGUACUACUUCUUCAAAAUGUGAAUGAAUCAGGAUUGAAAAGAAUCUCUAAGAAAUUUAUAGCCCAGAAGUAUACACAGUCAAGAACUAUUAUUAAAGAGAAGGAAUCGCUUAAAAUGAUCUUCAUCGUUGACGGAGUUGCAAGUAUUGGAAAAAGAUAUUGUCUUACUCGUUGGGAGCUAAAAGCAGGAGAAUUCUAUGGCGAAGAGCUCCUGCGUUCGCCAUCAGCCAAAGCAAAGGAGUUCGUUAAGGCCAAAACUGAUGUUGAAGCCCUGAUUCUUGACGCCGAAGCUUUGCAGGGUGUGGUUUCUGAGUACAAGUUGCAUAUCAGCAAACAGAUCCCCGUCUCGUCAAAAUAUGAGAUCAACCAUUUGUCCAUGCUAAAGAAUGUGCCAAAACUAGAAAAUAUUGAUGAAAAAGUUCUGGAGGCAAUCAGUAAGGUCCUUAAGACACAGAGCUAUGGCAAAGGGUCGCAAAUUGUUAAAGAGAAGGACGAACUGGACAAGAUGUUUUUGGUCACGCGUGGAACAGUAGGCGUAAGAAGGUCCGGUAAAUUGAGGAGAGAAUUGUACAAGGUUGGAGAACUCUACGGAGAAGAACUUCUGGAUUGGGCGUUGGAUGUGUUGGAUAUGGGAACGGCUUCUCCUCUCCCCUUAUCGGCUGGUACUGCUACGACCAACACCACUGUUGACAUCCUCAUUCUCAACGCCACGGAUUUGGAGAAGGAGUUAGCCGCUACAAGAUCACCAUCCCCAAUGAUUCUGAGUCAGAGGAUUAAAUGAAAUGAUGCUCUAUUCAUAUGCAAUGCGUUGUUUUUUUUUCUCUUGAUGCCUGGAAUAAAGUUGAGUAAUGUACUUCUUCACUUUUCAUUCUUCUUAGUUACAUGGCCACUUGAGUGAUUUAAAAUCACUAUCUUUCUAGUUAAAUUUUAUGUAUGAGUUUCUUACUCAUAUGGUCAUUUGGCCCAAAUAAUUCCCUAUGCAAGUCAGGUACUAUAAAAUUUGUGUG